UUCGUCCUCACCUUCAGCAUCAUCAGAGGGGAGGAGCGCACGAGGAGCGUGUGUGACAGAGGGCCGCAUCCUCGCGUUGCUGCAGAUGAAGCAUGGCAGGCGACCGCGAGACAAAGCCAGCUGACCGAGCCGAAUAUGAGCGCGUGCACCGGCAGCCUUUCCUCAUCGGGGUGGCUGGGGGGACAGCCAGCGGGAAGUCCUCAGUGUGCAGUAAGAUCAUGGAGCUGCUGGGGCAGAAUGAGAUCGACCACCACCAGCGACAAGUGGCCAUCCUCAGCCAGGACAGCUUCUACAGGGUCCUCACCCAGGAGCAGAAGGCCAUGGCCCUCAAAGGCCAGUUCAACUUCGACCACCCAGAUGCAUUUGACAACGACCUCAUUAUUUCGACCUUGUGGGACCUCAAGAAGGGACAAACUGUACACAUCCCUGUGUACGACUUUGUUUCCCACUCCAGGAAUGAGGCGAUGGUGACGGUGUACCCAGCUGACGUGGUGCUGUUCGAGGGCAUCCUCAUGUUCUAUUCUCAGGAGAUCCGAGACCUCUUCCAAAUGAAGCUGUUUGUGGACACUGACGCAGACACACGUCUCUCUCGAAGAGUGCUGCGCGAUAUCAGUGAACGUGGACGAGACUUGGAGAGCGUUCUGGCGCAGUACAUUACUUUUGUCAAGCCUGCGUUUGAGGAGUUCUGUCUGCCAACGAAGAAAUAUGCUGAUGUGAUCAUACCGAGAGGAGUGGACAACCUCGUUGCCAUAAACCUUAUAGUCCAGCACAUCCAGGACAUUGUGACCGGUGGUCUGACCAAGCGGCUGAACGGCUGCUUUAACGGUUGUGGAGCAACGAAGAAGCAGCCGAACAUGGAGUCCAGCAGCCGACCCCACUGAGUGCCGCGUCCGUCUGGACCGGCCCAGGAGCAUCAGGCGAUCAAAAGGCUGGUCUUUGAGAUGAUUCAGUUUGGACUGAGGAAAUGAGGCGACGCCAGUCAUCUGUGCAAUUGGUUUAAGGGUUUUAUUGAGUUCCUUUUUUCUCUUUAACUCGUGUACUGUAUGAGAUGGAGAAAACAACACUCUACAGGGCUACCUUUUUUGAUUCAAUUUCUCUCUGCUGCUCAACUUAACCACAGCACUGCACUGAAGAAUGUCCCAACACUUGACAGCUUUUAACCACACAAUAAAUAGUGUAGCAACAUGCUUUCAGGCAGGGCCUUACCCUAUCCCACUUCUCUAAAAGGUUCAACAUACCUUUAUCAAUGCAACUUUAGAUCUUUUUGAAACUCUGUAUGAAGAAUAUUUUGAUUUAUAAUUCAAAUGUACUGAUAUUUCUGUCUUUGAGUCCCUAGUUGCACCUCCUGUCUCAUUUAAAAACUGAAAUAGUCUAAUUAACCAACCGAUUCCACCUCAAAUCAUCUGAUGUAUGACAUCACCAAAGAUCAUUUUCCGUGCCAUCUUUGCAGAAUAAUUGUGUAAAUUUGUUUAUGAUGCUGCCAUUACUGUAAUCCAUUUAAUGUGAUGUUGGUAACAUUAAGUAUUGCUUACAUUUAGAAAUAACCACUUUCCAUUGACUCCUAUAAACUUGAAUCUUCUGAUUCAUACAUAUGCAAGUUUAUUUAAAAAUAAACAGUGAAGGUGUUGUCACUAAAUGCAUUGAGUUGUAAAUGUCACAAAGUACUAAGUACCCAAUGUGAAAUGUGUUCUGUAAAUGUUUGGAGUUUCCUUCUUGUAUAGUUUUCUCAUGAUAAAGUUCUCAGGUACUUUGUUUGCUAGACUUGACGCACCUAUCAUUUCCAAAGUCUUGAAUUUUCUUUCAAAUUAAACUUUUUUUUUAAAAAGACAA